AUGUAUCUUUCUCCUGAAGUAGUUGUCGAUAAUAUUCAAGAGCCUCCCUCUGAUAUUUGGGCUUUUGGGUGUAUUGUGCUUGAGAUGCUAACGGGAAAGCCUCCGUGGGUUGGGAAGGAAGAUCUUGAUGCUGAGGUUCUUCUUCGUCAGAUUGGGGAAGGUCAUGAAUUGCCUAAAGUUCCGAGUGAGGUAUCAAAAGAGGGGAGGGAGUUUUCGAAGGUUUGUUUUGCGAGGAGGUCUAUGUAUAGAUCGACAGCUGAAAUGCUCUUGAAUCACUCAUUUGUAGAAGGGUUAGUUGAGGAUGAUGGAGAAAUUGAAGAGGGUGAAGAGAUUUUAGUUCCAGAUGAGGUUGGUUUGUCGUUUAUGUUAUACGAAACUGAUGAGGAGUGCAGUUAUUCCUCAUCUUCAGAUGAUUGUACCUUCGUAUCAGAAGAGUUCUUUCUUUCUUCUUGGUCAGACGAGGCAGAUGAGAUUGACACUCAAGAGUUUUCUGGUUUUGCCGAAGAAGGAAUGUUGGAAGAUCAAGAAAGCACGGACACUACAAGCUCUAUCAUUGCUCCUGCACUCGAUGAUGUAAUUAACAAGUCAAAACAGGUUUCAACAAAUACAAUGCAGCAGUGCCCCAUUACUUUUACCAUUCCAGCCGGUGUUUAG